AUGGCGCUCGUCGCCCUCAAGCGCAUCUUCUGCUGUUGCAUCGUCGACGACGGGAACGACGUCAACCAGGUCGACGAGUCAACGCACCUCAUUCCAAGUCAAGAGGAACCAAACGUAUCCUAUUCAGAUGCGCUUCUCCAGUUGCAAGCCGAUCAGCGGAAGUUGCGAGAACGUCUAGGGCUCAUUGUUCGCGCAAAGGAAGGGAAAAUGGUCAAUGUGGGCUCUCAGCUUCCUUUCAAUCUCCAUAACCAAAUUAUACCGGAGCCGGAAGCACAUGAUAGCAUAUCCCGGUCACCGUCAAGAAGUGACGUGUCUGGGUACUACUAUAACUCAAACAAUACCGACCAUCGAUACCAGAACCACCACCGCAACGGCAGGCGACAUGGACGAGGAUUUUCUUUGAGAUCGCGCUCGGCCUCUCCGUCGCACACGCCUUCGGCUGUGAUUACAGACCAGCCGAAGCCUAACCCCAUCUUGAACGUCAGAUGGGUCGGAUUCACCCCGAAGGAAGUGACAAACCGCGGACGGCAGAGGGAGAGAAAAUCCUCUCAAAGUGGGACACCAGUGUCGGAAGAAGAGGGGGAAGACGCUAUUUCCAGCCCUAAAUCCGUGACGACACUGAAAUUGCAAGAUGUUGGCUCCCUCUCUGUGGGCUGGGGCGACUAG